CUCUCCUUCUUGUUCCCCCCCUUCAGACAGGCAGAAUUGACAAGUCCUACCCAACAGUGUGUGGGCACACAGGACCAGUGCUGGACAUAGACUGGUGUCCUCAUAAUGACCAGGUCAUCGCCAGUGGCUCUGAGGACUGCACCGUCAUGGUGUGGCAGAUUCCCGAGAACGGACUCACCCUGUCCCUGACAGAGCCGGUGGUGGUGUUAGAAGGCCAUUCCAAGAGAGUCGGCAUCGUGGCUUGGCAUCCGACGGCGCGCAACGUGCUGCUCAGUGCAGGUUGUGAUAAUGCAAUCAUCAUCUGGAACGUGGGAACAGGUGAAGCCCUCAUAAACUUGGAUGACAUGCACGUGGAUAUGAUUUACAAUGUGAGCUGGAAUCGCAAUGGCAGCCUGAUCUGUACUUCUUCCAAAGACAAAAAAGUUCGAGUUAUUGACCCCAGGAAACAAGAAAUCGUUGCUGAGAAAGAGAAAACCCACGAGGGAGCUCGGCCUAUGCGAGCCAUUUUCCUCGCUGACGGAAACAUCUUCACGACUGGCUUCAGCCGCAUGAGCGAACGGCAGCUUGCCCUUUGGAAUCCAAAAAACAUGGAGGAGCCAAUAGCCCUUCACGAGAUGGACACCAGCAAUGGGGUCCUGCUGCCGUUCUACGAUCCAGAUACCAACAUCAUUUACUUGUGUGGCAAGGGUGACAGCAGCAUUCGCUACUUUGAGAUCACGGAUGAAUCCCCCUAUGUUCACUACCUCAACACCUUCAGCAGCAAAGAGCCGCAGAGGGGCAUGGGGUUCAUGCCAAAGAGGGGCCUCGAUGUGAACAAGUGUGAGAUCGCCAGGUUCUUCAAGCUUCACGAGAGGAAAUGUGAACCCAUCAUCAUGACGGUUCCUCGAAAGUCGGACCUCUUCCAGGAUGACCUGUACCCUGAUACAGCUGGCCCAGAAGCAGCUCUGGAAGCGGAGGAGUGGUUUGAGGGGAAGAAUGCCGAUCCCCUGCUCAUCUCCUUGAAGCAUGGGUACAUUCCAGGCAAGAACAGGGAUCUCAAGGUGGUCAAGAAGAACAUACUGGACAACAAGCCUGCCGCAAACAAGAAAAGCGAUCUCAUAAAUGCUCCAAAGAAAGCAGCGGAUGCCUCCAACCCUCAAAAUGAAGCCAAAUUGGAUGAGAUUUUGAAAGAGCUGAAAUCUAUAAAAGACACGAUCACCAACCAGGACGAGCGCAUUUCCAAGCUGGAGCAGCAGAUGGCCAAGAUUGCGGACUGAGCGGGGCGAGCAGCGCUGGCCCCGCCGCCAGCCCAGGCACAUUCCAGUUCCCCAGUUCGGCCAGCAGCAGCCCGCAGCAUUCCAGUACGAGCUUUCCUGUUCUCCUACAUUCACGUCAACGAGAGCUGAUGAUUAAAAGCCAAGCUUUUUAGUGAAAGAUUUUUUUUUUUCCUGAUGUUUUAAUGAAUUUAUGUGACUGUGUCAAACAAGUCAAAAAGAAUAAGUGCUACUUUUACAGUCUUUUUUUUUUUUUUUUUUUUCCCGAUUGUUACGAAUUCUUGAAAACAAAUCCAUUCUGACUUUCAAUGUUGUGCCCAAAUAUCUUUUUCUAGAUUUAGGGACCAAUGCCACAUUGUUCUUAACCAUUUUUUAAAGUUGCCAAAAAAAA